AUAUGCUAAUGUAACUAGCUAACUAUCGCAAGCUAUCACUAGCUAGCUAUUUCUCUAAAAUAACUAGCUAACGCUAGCUAGUCGGUUGGCUAAAUUAAUGGUUGUGGGCUACAUGUUUUGAGCUAGCUAGCAAAAUUGUUUUCUCGGGGUAACAAGUGAUUUUAGAGUACUCUUUGUUGCUGUGCCAAAUUGCAUUGGACAUACAUGCUGCCAACCUAUUGAUGAUUCGGUGCAGCACUUCAAGUGGAUACAAGUCAAUUGAUAUGUUAUAUGGCUAUGGACAGAACUAUAACUAGCCAGUAGCUUUGGUGAUAGCCCUGUGUAGUCGCCGCUAACGUUACGUAGCAAGGCGCUUUUUUGACUGAGGGGUGGAUUGUUUGGUUUGUUUGUCAAGAUGGCGACACCCAGACAAGAGAGGCAUGAAAAUUGACUUGUGCCGAACAUUGUAUCUGAGCAUGAUAAGCCACACAUAUGUAAUGGGUUUAUAUUCAGGAGGAUUCCACUGUGUGUAUAUAUGUGUUAUUAGGCCCAUCUUAAUGAAAAACAUCUACACAAUACGAUGCACAGUGGUGUGAGAAACAUAAUAACACCACCGCCCAUCUGUUUGUAUGUCAGCUCACUUAGCUGGCUGGCUAGCCUUGCUUCCAUUAGCUACGGGCUGCUGAGUGGUUUGUUGUUAGCAAGCUACAAGAUGGCGGCACCCAUGGAAUCGGACUGCUUUGCUGCUGGAGAUAUCUAAUAGAUUGCUACAGUUAUUGCAUGUCUUAAUUCGCGAAAUGCAUUGAUCUUUCAUACCCUGGUGGAUCACUACAAUCUGUGUUUUUUUAUUCCAUGUAUCUACAUUUUUGGGAUUUUUUUUUUGGCAUAUUGAACCGGCGUACUUUGCUGUAAAGCGUCUGCUGUUAAAAUGGCGGCUCCCAUGAAUUUUUGCUAGCAUAGCUGGCUAUCAUUUUUUAAAACUAGCCUUUUAGCUUAGCAAAGGCUACAUUGAUAGAAAGCAUUUAACACGAUUCAAAGAUUCAACGUGUAACCAAACGUUGUGUCUUGCCAAUAAUUUAUUUGGAACGUAUCAGUUUGUGUGUUUGUGGCUUUAUAUCCCUUCUCCCAUAUGCGUUUUAAUCCGUUGAGCUAACGGAAUAUAGCAUACCUAUCUAGCAAGGUGUUCUGUAGCAUCUUAGCUGAAGAGAAGUGGCUAGCCUAUUAGCUGUAGGUCGGACCUAAACAAGUAUUGUACGUUCGUAGUAGUAACGUUAGCAUUUUUAAUGUCUGGGUGAACAGUUUUCUCACACGGCUUUCGGUUGGACCUUUCUUUUACUGAAGCAAUGUCUUCUGGCACCACAACGUCUGGGACCUCUGGCACGGUUCUACAGCCUCGAUGGAAGCGGGUUUUGGGUUGGUCUGGCCCAGUGCCUCGGCCUCGCCAUGGCCAUCGAGCUGUUGCAAUCAAGGAAUUAAUGGUGGUAUUCGGUGGAGGCAAUGAAGGCAUUGUGGAUGAAUUGCACGUAUACAACACAGCUACAAACCAGUGGUUUAUUCCUGCUGUCCGUGGUGAAAUUCCUCCUGGCUGCGCUGCCUAUGGAUUUGUUUGUGAUGGCACAAGACUGCUUGUCUUUGGUGGAAUGGUGGAAUAUGGGAAAUACAGUAAUGAUCUUUAUGAACUACAGGCAAGUAGAUGGGAGUGGAAACGACUCAAACCAAAAGCACCCAAGAAUGGGCCGCCUCCUUGCCCCAGACUGGGUCACAGUUUUUCCCUUGUUGGAAACAAAUGCUAUUUGUUUGGAGGACUUGCAAAUGACAGUGAGGACCCCAAAAAUAAUAUUCCCAGAUACCUGAAUGACCUGUAUACUCUGGAGUUGCGUCCAGGCUCCAAUGUGGCAGGCUGGGAUAUUCCCAUCACAUAUGGGGUGUUGCCGCCACCACGCGAAAGCCACACGGCUGUGGUCUACACAGAAAAGAACUCUAAGAAGUCUCGCCUCGUCAUCUAUGGCGGCAUGAGCGGUUGCCGCCUAGGAGACCUCUGGACCCUUGACAUAGAUACUCUCACUUGGAACAAGCCGAAUAUCACUGGAAAUGCCCCUCUGCCCCGCAGUCUCCACUCUGCCACCACUAUCACCAACAAGAUGUUUGUGUUCGGAGGAUGGGUUCCCUUGGUGAUGGAUGAUGUGAAAGUAGCCACACACGAGAAAGAGUGGAAGUGCACCAACACACUGGCCUGCUUAAACUUGGACUCAAUGACCUGGGAGGUCAUUUUAAUGGACUCGCUAGAGGAUAACAUACCCAGAGCCAGGGCUGGACAUUGUUCUGUCUCCAUCAACUCAAGGCUGUAUGUGUGGAGUGGCCGAGAUGGUUACCGCAAGGCCUGGAACAAUCAGGUCUGCUGCAAAGACCUCUGGUACCUGGAGACUGAGAAACCAGCGCCCCCAGCCCGAGUCCAGCUGGUGCGCGCCAACACCAACUCCCUGGAGGUCAGCUGGGGUGCCGUGCCCACUGCAGACACCUACCUGCUGCAGCUGCAGAAGUACGACAUCCCAGCGGCCACCACCGCCGGCACCUCCCCGGGCCUCGGCGUCACCCCUUCACUGCCUGCCAGCUCCCCCAAGAGCCCGGUGCCCGCCACGGCUGCCCCAUCCACCCAGAGCAUGCCGGGCAUCACGCUGGUGCAACAGGCGUCCUCGCCCACCACCACCAUGCCAGGGAGCCCUCUGGCAGCGUCUCCGCGUGGCCCAGGUAUGCAUGUCAACGCUAUUCUGAAAGUUGCUGCCCCUCAUUCGACCACGGGAACUUCCAUCGUUACUGUGCGACCAGCCGCUCAAGGGGGGAAGUCCCCAGUCACUCUUACAUCACUUCCUGCUGGUGUGCGGAUGGUGGUUCCUGCACAGAGCACCCAAGGAACACCCAUCGGCAGCAGUCCUCAGAUGAGUGGCAUGGCAGCUCUGGCAGCUGCCGCCGCCGCCACCCAGAAGAUUCCGCCCUCUUCCACAGUACUCAACAUGCCCGCAGGCGCCACCAUUGUUAAGACUAUGGCCAUGACGCAAGGCUCCACCACUCUUCCAGCCACAGUCAAAGUAGCGUCGCCAAUCAUGGUGAGCAACCCAGCCACCCGCAUGCUGAAGACCGCAGCCGCCCAGGUGGGCACUUCCACUAUCUCCUCCACCAACACGGGCACCCGACCCAUCAUCACGGUGCACAAGUCCGGCACAGUCACUGUGGCCCAGCAGGCCCAGGUGGUCACCACCAUGGUCGGGGGAGUCACCAAGACCAUCACCCUGGUGAAAAGCCCACUCACUAUGGGAGGAGGCGGCACACUGCUCUCCAGCCUGGGAAAGGUGGUUUCAGUUAUGCAGGCCAAGCCUGGGCAGACCUCAGCUAUAACAGGCCAGGCAGGCACCAAUCCACUCCACCAGCUGAUCCAGACAAAGGGUCCUCUCCCUGCCGGCACCAUCUUAAAGCUGGUGACCUCUGCCGAUGGCAAGCCCACGACCAUCAUCACCACCCAGGCAGGAAGCACAGGCAGUAAGCCCACCAUCCUCAACAUCAGCGGCAUGUCCCCGACCGCUACCACCAAGCCUGGCCACACCAUCAUAAAGACCAUCCCUAUGUCGGCCCUCCAAGCUGGAACCACAGUUCCUCUGUCUCGCUUCUCUGCAGGAAUGACGAGCAGCCCAGGGAUGAAGUCACCCAUCCACAUCAUCACCACCAAGAUGGUGACCCCUGGCACUGGCACACCUGGCAAGAUCAUCACUGCUGUGCCCAAAUUGGCAGCAGGCACAGGACAGCAAGGGGUAACCCAGGUUGUUCUGAAAGGGGCACCUGGACAGCCAGGCACCAUUUUGCGCACAGUGCCCAUGGGUGCUGGAGUCCGCCUGGUCAGCCCUGUGUCCGUCUCCGCCGUCAAACCAACCGUUACCACCCUUGUAGUCAAAGGAACCACAGGUGUGACGACUCUUGGUACAGUCACUGGCACUGUGUCGUCAAGUCUCGCUGGAGGAAGCGUUGCCAGUGCCAAUGCUUCCCUGGUGACACCAGCCACUACUCUGAGCACCAUAGCAACCCUGGCCAGCCAAGUGAUCAGUCCUUCCUCCAUUACAGUGUCACCAGCACAGACCAACCUGACCUCUGCCUCCUUGCAGGCCACACAGGUGACUCUGAUCACCACGCCCAGUGGGGCUGAGACUCAUCCAGUGCAGGACCUCCCCGUCUCCAUCCUGGCCUCCCCCACCUCUGAACAGCCCUCCAACACCGGACCUGACGCCGGAGACUCCUCCUCAGGCAACGUCACCGUGGUCUGCUCCAACCCGCCCUGCGAGACCCACGAGACCGGCACUACCAACACCACCACCACGUCCUCCUCCAACAUUGGCGUGGAGCGAGUGUGUUCAAACCCUCCUUGCGAGACCCACGAAACGGGCACCACCAACACCACCACCACCGCGUCUGCCAACAUUGGUCGCCCAAGGGUGUGCUCCAACCCGCCCUGCGAGACCCAUGAAACCGGCACCACCAACACGACUACCACAGCCAGCUCCAACAUGGGCCAGGGCCAGGGGGCCGGUACCAGCUCUACAAACACCAGCACCAGCACCAGCACUCAGCAAGUGUGUUCGAACCCGCCUUGCGAGACCCACGAAACGGGAACCACCAACACGCCCACUCAGUCCUUCACCAGUAUGGCUGGUGCACAGAGUAGCACGGUCCAGCAAGUGUGCUCGAACCCGCCCUGCGAGACGCAUGAGACGGGCACCACCAACACGCCGUCAACAGCCACGUCCAACCUCACGGGAGGCGCGCAGAGAGUGUGCUCCAAUCCGCCAUGUGAAACGCAUGAAACGGGAACUACCAACACCCCAACCAUCGCCACCAGCAGCUUAGAGACUGGAGAGGGUGCAGCCCAACAGAGCGAGGAGGUGACGCAGGGCGAAGGCAGCUCCAGUGCCGAGGCAGCCUCCUCUUCCUCAGCAGCAGAUUCCACCAGUGUUACCACCCAGAGCAGAGCCAUCACCACGGUUACACAAUCCACACCUACACCAGGGCCUUCUGUCCCAGAGAUCUCCUCCAUGACUGCAUCGUCAGGGCAGGAGAUGAGCCAGGAGCCCAUGGACCAGUCUGGGUCUGAGGCUGUCACCUCCACCGACGAGCCCAUGCAGACGGACCUUGGAGAGGAGGCGGGCGUCAGAGUUGUGGCUCUGGAUGAGGCCGGCGCUGCGGACGCCACUACCAUUCUGCAGGUCCAUGUGGCAAUGGAGGCCCAGCCUGGGCAGGGAGACCAGGGGGCGGAGGGUACAGCAGAGGCGGUUGGCAUGGCGUUGCCCCAGGAGCUGAUGUCCGAGGGGCAGCCCACCACUCUGAUGGUGACUGGUUUGACCCCAGAGGAGCUGGCGGUGACCGCAGCAGCGGAGGCCGCCGCUCAAGCCGCAGCCACAGAAGAGGCCCAAGCCCUGGCCAUCCAGGCAGUACUGCAGGCCGCCCAGCAGGCCGUGCUCAACGAAGACGACCAGGCUCAGCCCACCACCAUCCCCAUCGUCCUGACGCAGCAGGAGCUUGCUGCUCUGGUACAGCAGCAGCAGCAGCAGCAGCAGCUCCAGCAGGCUCAGGCUCAGGCUCAGGCUCAGGCUCAGGCUCAGGCCCAGGCCCAAGCCCAGGCUCAGGCCCAAGCAGCAGCAGCAGCUGCUGCCCAGCAGCUCAGAACACAGCAGGCUGCAGCAGCCGCUGCCUCAGCUCUGCCUACAGAAGGCCUCGCCCCCGCUGACAGUCUCAACGACCCGGCCUCCGAGAGCAACGGGCAUGAGAUGGCAGCCUCCGUCACGAGCGCCGUGGCCCAGCUGCUCCCAAGCACCUCGGCCGAGACUCUUGCUCCCUCAAGUACUUUUGCUCUAUCCCAGCCCAUGGUAGUGGCCAGCCCUGCCAAAAUGCAGGCAGCCGCUGCACUGGCAGAAGUAGCCAACGGCAUUGAGUCUUCAGUAAGGAAACAAGCAACGCCACCACCAGUAGCCAAAGUUUUAGUUAAAAAGGAAAAUCAAUGGUUUGAUGUGGGAAUUGUGAAGGUGACCAAUAUGGUCGUCACACACUACUAUAUGCCAGCAGAUGACUCCACUGUCACAGAUGACGACUCUGGGACCAUUCCUGACUAUAGCCAAAUGAAGAAGGUUGAGCUGCAGCCCGGCACGGCUUAUAAGUUCCGUGUGUCUGGCAUCAAUGCCUGUGGCCGAGGCACCUUUUCUGAGGUCUCUGCCUUCAAAACCUGCCUGCCCGGCUUCCCUGGAGCUCCCUGUGCCAUUAAAAUCAGCAAGAGCCCAGACGGUGCACACCUGACAUGGGAGCCUCCAUCGGUGACCUCAGGGAAGAUCAUUGAAUACUCUGUGUACUUGGCCAUCCAGAGCUCGCAAACCACUGAGCCCAAGGCCUCAGCGCCAGCUCAGCUGGCCUUCAUGCGGGUGUACUGUGGGGCCAGCCCCUCCUGCCUGGUGCAGUCCUCGAGCUUGUCCAACGCUCACAUUGACUACACCACCAAGCCCGCCAUCAUCUUCCGCAUUGCUGCACGCAACGAGAAGGGCUAUGGCCCUGCAACGCAAGUCCGAUGGCUACAAGGUACAGAAACCAGCAAAGAUGGAUCUGCUGCAAAACCUGCCGCAAAAAGACCAGUUGGCUCACCCGACAUGAAAGCCACUGGUCCGAAGAAGGCCAGAUCAGACCAGUGAGGGAGCACACACUUGCCCUCAAUCAUGUCCAGGACCAUGACUGAACUUGUUUUCCUCUCAAAUACCAAGCCCAACCCCAGCACACAAACACUCACCACCCCUAUCCACCCACAACAACAACAAAUGUAUUUAAAAAAAAUGGAAUUUGAUGUAAGAACCCCACCUCCUCUCCCUCCCAUCACUGAACAUUGUGGUGCCAUGGACGCCUUAUCUAAAACUGUAUUUUUAAAAGUCAUUAUUAAUGUUCCUUAAGUAAAAAAAAAAAAAAAAAAAAA